AAAUGAGCCGUUAUGUUUUCCUGGGGAUUUCUUUUGCAGAAACACUUAGGUAGCUGUCAACAUGUAGGUUGCCUUCAACUUUUUGUUCAGGUGUUUUUCUAUUACAAAUGAACAAUGAACGAGCAAUAAUAUAGUAUAACUAUUUAAAGGAAAAAAAGCAUAAAGGAAAAUGACAGACAACCAUGUGUCCGGCAUGGAGGCUUCGGCCGUGUCCGUCCUGAAACGGGCCGUGGAGCUGGACCAGAGCGGCCGCUUUCAAGACUCUCUAGUCUGCUACCAGGAGGGGAUCCAGCUACUCAUAGACGUGCUGAAAGCUUUAAAGGAUGAGUCAAAGAGAGGACACUACAGGGAGAAGAUCAAGGGCUACAUGGACAGAGCAGAGCAAAUCAAAGCUCAUGUGAACCAGAUGAAAGAAGAUGGUAAAUAUCACGAGCAGAUAAAGAUCCCAGAGGAUGCCACAGGCUUCAGCUAUGAGGCUCUGUUUAAACCAUACAUCAGCAGCGCUCUCUCAGAGGUUUGGGUGGAGGAUCCAUACAUACGUCAUACCCACCAGUUGUACAACUUCCUGCGGUUCUGUGAGAUGUUGCUAAAAUUGUGCAGCAAGGUGAAAAGGAUCCACCUCCUCACAUCACAGGAUGAACAGGCUGAUAAAACCCAGCAGAGCAGCGCUCUGUCCGAGCUGAGAGACAGUCUGGGUGGUCAGGGGGUGACUUUGGAUGUGCAGUACUCCUCCACCAUCCAUGACAGGGAGAUCAGGUUGGACAAUGGUUGGAUCAUAAAAAUCGGAAGAGGGUUGGACUACUUCAAAAAGCCACAGGGCCGGUUCUCUAUCGGAUAUUGUGACUAUGACCUCAGACGCUGCCAAGAGACCUCUGUAGACAUUUUCCACACAAAACACACAAAAACUCUAUGAGAUUCAUCCUGCUCUAAAGGAACAUUGUCCUCCAACUCCGGAGAUUGACGUCAGAACCUAAAAAGUAAUACAUCUGCAAUGUUUUUUUUAAAUUUCGCCUUAACAUACAGCCCCUCAUGCAGAGUUGGGAUGUAGAAGUUGUUCUUGCUCUGGAGUUUCAUAGCCAAAGCGGACUGGACCAAUAAAUCUUUUUUUUAUGCCUGUUAUUCUCUGCUGUAACUGUGGUUGUAUUUAUUAAAGAUGCUUUUAUGGGUCUUGUA